AUGACAUGGGUCCACAGAGGUGAGCUUGCUCGCUCCCAGUCAGCUUGCUCUCUGCGGCUCCCGCAGUCCCCAUCGCUCCCACAGGCUCUCUGUCGGCUCCCGCAGGAUCCCCAUCGGCUCCCACAGGCUCUCUGUCGGCUCCCGCAGGAUCCCCAUCGGCUCCCGCAGGAUCCCCAUCGGCUCCCACAGGCUCUCUGUCGGCUCCCGCAGGAUCCCCAUCGGCUCCCGCAGGAUCCCCGUCGGCUCCCGCAGGAUCCCCGUUGGCUCAAGCAGGCUCCCAGUCGGCUUUUGCAAGCUCCCAGUCGGCUCAAGCAGGCUCCCAGUCGGUUCAAGCAGGCUCCCAGUCGGCUCCUGCAGGCUCCCCGUCGGCUCAAGCAGGCUCCCAGUCGGCUCAAACAGGCUCCCAGUCGGUUCAAGCAGGCUCCCAGUCGGCUCUUGCAGGCUCCCAGUCGGCUCAAGCAGGCUCCCAGUCGGUUCAAGGAGGCUCCCAGUCGGUUCAAGCAGGCUCCCAGUCGGCUCUUGCAGGCUCCCCGUCGGCUCUUGCAGGCUCCCCGUCGGCUCUUGCAGGCUCCCCGUCGGCUCUUGCAGGCUCCCUUGGCUCUGGCCGAACACAGACACAGACCAGGAAUGGCCAAGUGGGGCGAAGGAGACCCGCGCUGGAUCGUGGAGGAGCGGGCGGACGCGACUAACGUCAACAACUGGCACUGGACUGAGCGGGAUGCCACUCCCUGGUCCUCAGAGAAGUUAAAGUCUCUCCUUGUGGGUGUCACUGUGGAGGGUGAAGAUGGGACGUGUGAAAUCACAGAAGUUACUAAAUGUGACGGCGAAGCUUCCAUCAACAACCGCAAAGGGAAACUCAUCUUCUUCUACGAGUGGAGCCUGAAGGCCUCGUGGACCGACAUUCUGUGGAAGGAAGGGCUGAAGGGAGUGGCUGGGGCCUCUUUCACGGCGGGAGUUGGGAACUGUGGGAGUGGUGACUGGGAGUGUUUAUCGUGA